UUAUUUUAAAUUUAUUAGAUAAUGAUGUGAAAACUGAGCCUUUUGAAAAGGAACCUAUUCCUAUUGCAAAUUUGAAACGAAAAUCUGAUAGUGAAAGUAGCAACAACAAUAAGAAAGUUUUAAAAAAAGAUAAUAAUUUGUUAGUAGAAGAAUUAGAUGAAAAGCCAAAUAAUUUUAAUGAAGAAAAUAAGGAGCAUCAUGAGGGAGGGAGUGAGUAUAAGGAGGAGUUUAUCUCUAAAGGUUCGACACGUAGUGGUAAUUUUGAAUUACCACCUGCGGCUGUUGAAAGAGUUCCAUCUGACCUUAUUGUUUUUGGUCUUCCAUACGAGCUUGAUGAUUGGGAAUUUCGAGAAUAUUUUGAACAAUUUGGAGCUGUCGAGUAUGAAGAGAUUAAGAGAAAACCAAAUGGUGGUUCUCGCGGUUUUGCUUUUGUUAGAAUGAUAAAUUAUUUGGAUCAAGUCCGUGCACUUUCUGUUCCAAUCCAUACUAUUGGUGGACGUGAAUGUGUUAUAAAAAUGUCUGCAUUAGAUAAAGGAAAAAGUGAUAGUUUUGAGAAUAUUUCUGUUAAUCCUCGACUUUAUAUUGGCAAUUUGGGUGGAGAUGUUGGAAAAGAACGUUUACGGGAAUACUUGCAAGAACAUCUUUAUCGUUUUGAUAAACGAGCGACAAUUAAUGAAAUUUUUUAUCCAAAUCCUUUUCGCCAUUUUUCUUUUGUCACAGUUACUUCGGCAGUUGCUGCACGGGAAUUACUUAAACAACAUGAUUUCUUUAUUGAUGGUCAUUAUUUUAUGUUAACACUUGCUAUGCCUAGAAAAGGUGAAGAAACAACACCAGGAAUUAUUGCUCCUCCAGUACAAAAUCAACGUGGGAAUGGUUGGUUUCCAAAGCAAGGACCUCAACAAAUUGUUGGUCCACCGCCACGAGGUCCUCCUCCUCCAGUGAUUGAUAAUUGGCCUAGGCAGCCAGAGGUUUAUUGGAAUAAUUAUCCACCUUCUUCUGUUCAACAUCCUCAAUUACCUCCACAACAAAUUAAAAAACCACCUGUGUUUGGAGCUUAUGCAGUGAGAAGUAAUGAAGAUUAUAUGCCAAGAGGUGGCGGUGUCCCUGCUGAUUAUGUUUUGCCUCCAAGAGGUGAACGAGGAUAUGUAUAUAAUAAUCAAAUACAAAGACCUCAUCCAUCAACAUGUGAUCAAUCUGCGUUCCCUCCUGUUGGUGUUGGUGCCGGAUUUACACGAAAACCUCGAUCACCUUCGUUUGAUCCACGUGAGGAGAUGCUUCGUUCUAUGCCAUUUGGAAAUCAACAAAAAUUAGGUCGUUCUGACAAUUAUGAUUCUUGGGUUGGAGGAGAAAGUAAUAGCAGUGGUGGUCCUUCACUUAUGAAUCCAAAUGACGCUGAAGCUGUUCUUAAUAAACUUCCAAAUGAUGCAGUUAGUACAGCACUUCGAAUGCUUCAAUCAAUUAUGACUGCUCAACAACAAAAAGAACGACUUUAUGACGGAAGAAAUGAAGAAGAAGGAAAUCAACGUUAA